AUGACAUCCAUCCAGCUGCCACUGCUACUCCUCUGCUUGACCUCGUGUGGUGUUUGCUUCAACGGGGGACAUCUCCUUCCAGAGGAGAGUGAGAACAUGGGAAAAAGUCCUCUGGAUUACAUCCUUCAGGGAUCUGAAAGCCUCAUUCUUCAGUCUGCCCUCAAGAAAGCUGAAAAGGAAGAGAUUAAUAAAGAAUCAAACACCCCUCUGCUACAACGGCUUUCCAAAAGACAACACCCUGGGAAAAAGUACCUAAGUAACCUGGAGAAGAGACAGCAUCCUGGAAAAAGAGAUGUUGAGGAAGAGGCAUCCUAUGGUGACAUUCAGAAGAGGCAGCAUCCAGGAAAAAGGGAGAUGGAAGAUGACCUUGAUAUCUAUCUGGGGUUGAAAGGGCGACAGCCUCCCGGCAGAAAGUCACUGUUGGAUCAGUUUGCUUACAGUCCUAGGGCACAGCUAACUUACAUGAACGAGUUAUCCAAAACAGAACAGCCAGGCAGAAGAUAUCCGAUGCACAAGCCCCAGCGUCCUAGCAAAAGAGGCUGGAAUUAUGGGGUAGAUGUAUACGAUGAGAAACGCCAGCAUCCUGGAAAAAGGCACUGGAAUUCUGACAGCUCAGAUGACACAGGUCCCUGCAAUUUUCAGGAGUCACUCACUUGUCACAAAGGCAGCUUGUUGCUUGAUUUAGUAGAUGUUAGCAGAGACAGGGUAGAAGAAAAGCGUCAGCACCCAGGAAAGAGAUCAGCAUGGGAAAGUGAAACAGAGGAGUGAGAAAAUAAUUGUGUAGCACUUGCAUUUGGUGAAGUAAAUUGCCAGAUCACCAAAACAUCCCCUUCACUCCUUUUUGGCUUCCUGCUGCUGACCUCCGCACCUACCUUUCAGUGUGUUAAUGCUCCCAUCCAAGUUAAUGGCUUUGUCACACACUUAAAGCAAAGGAACUAAAGGACCCAUCUGAAUGGAACAGGCAAGUACUGAGAACCUUAAAUUCCCCCACUUUAGGAAGAGUACUUAUUUUCUUAGGAGCCCAGACCCCGGAAUAAUCUGACUGUUUGUUCCUAAAUAAAAUAAAUCAGGCUGUUAAAUUUCUG